AUGUUCUGGCGAAAGAAACAGGCCGCUCCCCCCUCUUUGCCAAACUACCUGCCUAAAUCGGAUGAGCCGCCCAGGCCCAUCUUGAAGAAGAACUCGGAUGACCAGGCUGGCAAUGGUCUCCGAUUUGCCGGCGGCACCAAGGCCGACUCUCCACUGUCGAGCCCAGGCGUCUACCCCACGCGCCCUCAGCCUCCUGUCCAGUCAUAUUCGCCUGAAAACGAGAACGCGACCCGCCGAGUCCAGCCUUCUACGCCACGCGUAGUCGUCUCAUCCUAUGGCAUCAACUCGGCUCCAUCCACCCCCGUCACCCAGCACCCUACCAGCCCGAGUAACAGCAGCCCCGGCGCCGAGUCGAUCUCGCCUGCGCGCGUUCUGUCGCGAAGGUCUUCGAGGGCUACUUCACCUAGCGUUACUUCGUUCGGUACACGUGUACGCGUCAGUACUGAACAAGUGAGGUCUGCUAGUCCUUACGGCGCGGUAUCUACCCCUCCUCAACAGUCUUCCAGCCCCGUCUCUGCUGGCUUCUCCACUCCCCCCAGCCAGUACUCUCCCUCCUCUUACGGCGCGACUCCUCCCUCUCCUUAUCGACGCACCAACGACCGCGAGGGUCACAGCCCUAGUCCUAUGGCGACAUUUGUUGAGAAGGCGAGGUUGCCUGUAUUUGCGGGGCCUUUCAUCGAGGAGGAUGAGGCCGACGAGUCUGACUCAGACGUCCCCAUGCUCAACAUCAUCCCUGCCACGCCUCAAGACCAAGAGGAGGCCUUCCCUCCCAAGGUUAUUGCCCCGGAGGCGCGAAUUUUGGAUCAUGGUGUCAACCUGGAGGAAAAGAUGCGAGCUAUGGAGAGGGAGAUGGUCGAUGUGUCUUUGGAUGAAGAGAGCGAGGAGGAGCGAAGCUGGGAGCCAGAGGGAGUGCCUACCAUUGAUUUGGACUUUGACUUUGCUCCUCUCGAGUCUGUCAUUGAUUGGUCUCAGCCUUCAGAGGAUGAUGAGGACAGUCAGAUGUACUCGGACGAGCCGGAGGGGUACGACACAUACGAAGACUCGGGUUUCUCUCACGACCGCCCUCCUUCCGAGCCCCUUCCUCCUUCGCCUCCUUUCUACUCAUACCCGUCUCUCCCUUCUCUCGACUCUGAGACAUCCCUCUCUUCCCCGACUAUGCCAAACUCGUCGUCGAUGUCUUCUUUGGCGUCCUACCCAGACGUUGAGCAAGUUCUUGGCUCCAUGCUCGCCUCUCUCUCGGAGAGCAGUAUGGCGUCGACCACUAUCGACACUCCUCGCGAGCAGAGCUUUGACUUUAGUAACGAGAUCCCACUAGACUUUGACGCGCUCCAAGCCGAGACCACCGCUCCCUUGUCCCUCUCUCGCCCAUCCUCCCGUGUCCGAUCUCACCACAUCCCUUCCCCUCUCGACUUGUCCAACUCCAAGUACGGACAGGUCCUUCCUCAAGAGACCCAGUCGGCUCCUCUGGCGAACCACCGUAACCACCGUAUCCGCUACUACCCCAACGCUCGUAUCCACCCCAGCGCCUCUCCUAGCGGUGUCUUUACCACCGUCACUCCUUCUUCCUCCGAGUCUUCCAUGGUCUCGUGUGACCAGCGCUCUGGUGCCACCCCUACGCCCACAGUCGCCGUCAUUCCCGCCUCGGCUUCCGAGUCUGAGCUCGGAUCCAUGCAGAGCAACAGGUCGAGCAAGAGCUACAGGGACUCGUGCAGCGGAAGCGAGAUGAGCGACGACGAUGAGAUCUACACGGCGAGCAUCAUGAGCGUGACACCCGUCGUGAUUGCUGGGGGGAGAAUGGGAGGCAAGACGGCUGGGGCGAGCACGCCGCAGCAAAAGAAGGAGAGAGGGAUUGUGUUUGGAGGGCACUUUGUCAAGGAGAGGAUGGAGAUGGGAUGCGGGUUGGGUCUUGGACUGGAGGUUGAGACGGAAGAGGUUGGGUUGGCGCUCUGA